AUGGCCGAAAGGGAAGCCGCAGAAAGAGCUGCCCGUGCGGCUGCCGAAAACUAUGGCACCGAAAACUAUGGAAAGUUACCGAUGAACCAAUCACAAGAAAGGAAAGGCGUUAAUAGAAUCCGUGUCUCCGAUAUCAAUGCUGGUCGUGCCGGUGAAACCGUAACCAUUCGAGCUCGUGUGCACACCUCUCGUGCGACAAGCGCGAAACUUGCAUUUUUUGUGUUUCGGCAGCAGGACAGUACUAUCCAAGGAGUUCUCACCAUCGAUGAGACCAAUAUCAGCAAGAAUUUUGUUAAAUUUGCUUCAAACGUUCCAGUGGAAUCAAUUGUCAUCGUAGAAGGUAUUGUGAUGCGGACUCAGGAAGAAAUCAAGAGCACCACAGUAUCCGAUGCAGAAUUACAAAUUAAAAAGUUCUAUGUGAUGAGCGAAACUCAUGGUAGACUUCCAUUUUCCUUGGAAGAUGCAUCAAGGAGUGAGGAAGAAUUUAAUAAAGAGGAUGUACAAUUUAGCCGCGUGACGCUGGAAACUCGGUUGAACCACCGUGUUGUCGAUCUUCGAGUUAGUAGAAUGCGCGCAUUGAUUACGGUCGCGAAUCACGGUAUCUUUAGGAUCCAAUCUGGAAUAUGCCAAUUGUUUCGUGAAUUUUUACUGUCCAAAUCAUUUAUCGAGAUACACACGCCAAAGAUAAUAGGAGCCGCCAGCGAAGGUGGUUCCAAUGUAUUUAGCAUCAAGUAUUUCAAGGGUGAGGCGUUUCUGGCACAAUCUCCUCAGUUAUACAAGCAAAUGUGCAUUUGCUCGGAUUUUGAGCGCGUAUUCGAAAUUGCCCCAGUCUUCCGUGCCGAAGAUUCCAAUACUCAUCGUCACAUGACAGAAUUCAUGGGUCUCGAUCUGGAAAUGGCAUUUGAGGAGCAUUAUCACGAAGCGCUCGACAUUCUUGACGAGCUUUUUGUCUUUAUUUUCGAUGGACUAAAAACACGAUACGCCUCGGAAAUUAAGACGGUGAAAAGUCAAUAUCCGUCGGCCGAUUUCGAGUACCAUCCGAAAACUCUUAGGUUAGAAUAUAAAGAUGCGGUUCAAUUGUUGAGGGAGAAUGGUACCGAAAUCGGUGAUUUCGAAGACCUCAGCACCGAGAAAGAAAAGUUUCUUGGUAAAUUGGUCAAGGAAAAAUACAAAACAGAUUUUUACAUCCUUGACAAAUUUCCGUUGGCGGUUCGUCCCUUCUACACAAUGCCGGAUUCUAAUGAUAAUCGAUAUUCCAAUUCGUACGACUUUUUCAUGCGCGGCCAAGAGAUCCUCUCGGGUGCACAGCGUAUUCAUGAUCCGGUGUUCUUGGAAGAACGCGCGAAGGUACAUGGCGUCGAUAUACGCACCAUUCAACCUUACAUCGAUUCUUUCAAGAGAGGUGCUCCGCCCCAUGCCGGGGGAGGUAUCGGGUUAGAACGGGUUGUGAUGUUUUACCUAAAUCUCGAUGACAUUCGCAGAAGCUCACUAUUCCCUCGCGAUCCAAAACGUCUUGAACCAUAG